AUGCUUACCAAUAUGAAUCACUUCAAGUCAUCUGAUAGCACUGACUGGUUGCUCUUGAUUUUGUGCUCACCCUCAGGGCAUUUUCAUUCAUCUCUCUACAUCCCAACCCCAAUGGGACACAGCUCCGGAGAAGAAUCCGACAUCAGCGACUCGGAGAUCGACGAGUACAAGGACAAGAUGUACGCCCAACUGCGGGCCGGAAAAAUGAGAGUGCGGUACGGCGAGAAGGCCCUGCGGUGCCCCUUCUGCUUAGGAAAAAAGAAGCAGGAUUACAACGGCAAGGACCUUCUGCAGCACGCCUCAGGAAUAGGGGUUGCUUCGAAACGCAAGCCUAUGGAGAGGGCAGGACACCUAGCACUUGCUGAAUAUCUGAAGAAUGAUCUGGGCAUCUCCCUGGAGCCACCGUUGCAGCUUGCCAUCGUCGAGCAUAAGCCUCCUAAGAAUGAAGAGGUCAAGUACGUGUGCCCGUGGACCGGUAUUCUGGUCAAUCUACAAAAUGAUCUGAAGGAUACAGAUUGUGUCAGGGAGAAUGAGGAUAGGUUAAGAUCACAGCUAUCGCGGUUCAAACCCCGUGAGGUCAGUAUUGUUUUCGACACCGAGGGCCAGGCUGAUCACUCCAUCAUCAGGUUCGCCGAAGACUUGGAUGGACUGAAGGAUGCAAUAGCUUUUGAGAACCAUUUCAAGGCGGAGCAUUACAGCAAGACUGACUGGAACAUGCGGAACUGUAGAAAGGAUGAUCUUUACGGAUGGCUUGCAACAUCUGAUGAUUAUAACUCUCCUGGCACAGUAGGUGAGCAUCUGAGGAAAAGUGGAGCUCUGAAAAGUAUUGGUGAGCUACAACGCGAGGGAACCGCCCGGCGUAUAGCGCAUUUUAAUCGCCAAAUGGACGAGAGGAACAAACGUAUGCAAGAACUGAAGCUGAAGAACAGACAAAAUGAGUUGAAACUUGACAUGAUGAUGAAAGAAAAAGUUCGGUUGGUCGAGGAACAUAAUAGAAUAUAA